AUGCAAGUCAUCAGUCGGAUGGACGCACAUACGCAUGCAGGACUUUGGUUCUACUCAGAUGACUGGCCCAACCCCAUUGAUCUGGGGUUCAACCGCGUCUUUGUCUCCCUCGACCUUGACCCGCAGUGCAGCUGGAUCUUCCACACAUCACCCGGUGCGUUCCGCCGCGUGGUUCUCAACCUCGUGGGCAAUGCCCUCAAGUACACGCAAGAAGGGUCCAUCGUGGUGUCCCUACGACAAGAGACGCCACCCGUGUCUGCCAACCACGACCUCCCACCGCGGUCUCGCAAGGUCGUCCUCGUGGUCGCCGACACGGGCAAGGGCAUCGGCGAAGACUAUCUGCAGAAUAAUCUUUUCCGCGCGUUCGCGCAGGAAGACCAUCUGAGCGCCGGGACGGGUCUUGGUCUGUCCCUCGUCAAGCAGAUCGUCACCAACCUCGACGGCAAGAUCAGCGUGAAGAGCCGGGUAGCGGUCGGGACGACAGUCACAGUGUCCGUGCCUCUGCAAGCCGCCACCAACGAGUCCGGGUACAUGGGCGACGACGACGAGUUCGCAGCGCACGUUUCCGAUCUCAAGGGUCUGCGGGUUCUCCUCAGCGGCUUCAGCGAGUCCCACGGGGAUGACACGGGCGCGCAAGCGCGGGCGAGGCCCGGUCGUGAUGGGUUCGGCCGCGGCCUGACCGAAGGCAUCUGUCGCGACUGGCUCAAAAUGGAGGUUUUGUCGGGUGCGGAGACGCUCGUGCCCGAUGUCGUCCUUGUUGCGGAGCACGCCAUGCCGGAUGUCGAUGUGUCGACGUUCAGGAACCCGCCCUGCGUCGUUGUGUGCGCCAACCCCCUCCUGGCCUUCGACCGUUCGACAUCGGCGGAAGCCGCCCAGACGGAGGGGGUGUUUGAGUUCAUUUCACAACCGCUCGGCCCCGCGCAAGCUCGCCAAGAUUCUGCUCCUCGCCUGCCAGCGAUGGCUCGCACUGCAAUCAUCGCAGUCGCUGGACUUUGUUCCAGCAGAGCUGUGUCUUCCCCCAACGCGACGGCCAAGUCCGCCUCGACAAGGCACAGGUGA